UAAAACUUCUUUUUAGUGGUUAGUUGACUAGAACUCACGUGCGUGUAAUGCAAAAAAAAAAAAAACAAAAUAAGUCAACAAAGUCGUUCUUAAUUUCUUUUUCAUUUGAGAAAGCAGAAGCUUAUAAAUAAAAUGAACGAAAUGAAAUCUUUAUUUCAAACUCUUUUAUCAACGGAAAAUACCUAUUUGGAUGUUUAUUUAGAUGGUCUUAUUGAGCAUAAGAUUUUUGAUAAAGGGGAUGACAUCGAUCAUCGCAUUAAUUCAUUAUUAUUGAAACCGAACACACGUACGGUGGGAUUUCAAUUACUCAAUCAAUUUUUGGAUUAUUCACAAGCAGCGGUUUUAGAAAGGAAAGCCAAUGUAUGGAUACCUUUAAUAUUAAAAUCAUGUAACAGCCAGGAUUCCGGUAACAUGGAUUUAUGUUUUGAUUUGUUAAAAAAGUUUGCAAUGAGAUGUCACGAAAACUGUGAUCUAUCAAAGAUGUUUAUAAAUAACUAUCUCUGCAAAGUCUACGAAUCUCUGAAUAAUGUUUUAGAAAUCGGUAUAGAAAGUGCAUUACGCUGCUUAGAAAUUUGCUUAAGAUUGUAUGCUGCGCCCAGUGCUUCUUUUCAAAGCGUAAUAGAUAGAUUCUUAAGAAAGUUUAUUGAUUCAACUGAUCAUAAUAUUAUUGUAUAUUGUGGUAAAUGUAUGCACAUGUUGCAGCAAAUUCGUGGUGGAGGUCAACAAGGCGUAAACCAUAAAACACGCUGGCAAGAAUAUCAAAAUCAAUUAGUUGCUUCCAUUCAUGCCAUUUUCAAUGAAAUGUUUUCAAACUGUUCAGAAACAUAUGUAGGCGACAGCAGUCAGGAGAUAGGAAACAAAACAAUAGCCGAUCUUAGUAGCGAGCCGGUGCGGAAAGCUGCGCAGUUGCAUGUACGUGCUCAUAACGUCAUUGAAUAUUUGAUUAUAGCUUUAAAGGACCCUUUUCCUGUCGAAAAAUCUAUUAUGCCAAAAAAAAUAUUAAACCUUAUUAGCGUGGGAACGAGUGUCACGUGCAUUACUUUGCAGCAAAAUCCUAUCGCGGAUAACUUGGCAUUAGGAGUAUUAUUGCCUAAACUCCACAAAGAUCUCUUACGUCUGUUGGAUACUUUGAUAUUAAUUUUAGGCCCACAUUUGAAGCCGCAUUACCAGCUAAUCUGGAAUAUUACAUUAGAUUCAUUAAAAUGGACUACAGUUCUGAAGGCACAAGAAGAAAGCAAUGGAAUUAAUUUGGCGAGUCUACGAGCAAAAGCCUACGAAACGAUAGCUCUGUGGUGUCAGACAUUAAAAAGUGGGUGUCAUGGUGAAACAGUUGUUGAAUUCUUAGUGAAUGAAAUAUUUAGCGACACUCCGUGUGUGUAUAGUGGAAUGACUUUACAAAUUUCAAGUGGAGCCCGUAAACACCUGUCAAAACAAGCUAGACGACAGUUGAACAAGGCUCGCAGCGAUCAGUCCAAGCUUUCUCAAGGCAAUUCAAUCCGUAAAAUUAACCAGUAUGGAAGCAAGAAUUUGCUCAUAAGCGUUGUGUGGGCAUUACGCUGUUUACAACAAAUUUUGUGGACAUUUGCAAACUUUUUGAAACCAUCAACUAUGAAAGCAAUUCAUCUAAAUAUCGUACAACUUUCCAUUCAACUGUAUGAUAGUUUACCCGCAUCUACGGUAAUACAACAUAAUAGCAUGUAUCGUCUUGAAGUUUAUAAUAGCUUAAGCGUGACAAUAAUGGCGCCAAAUCAUUUGUGCCCUCCACCAACAGAAAUUGCUUUAAAAAUUUUGCAAUGCGCUCAUUUGAGUGACAAUAGUUUGUCAGUGAGAAAUCAAUGCACACAUUUAAUAAGGAAUUUGGAAAAACUAUUCCAUCCACAAAAGGAGAGUUUGUUGUUCCCUUUAGAAGCACGCGAUAUUCGUAACGCAUUCGUUAACUUAGGGCAAGAACACUUAUUGAAUAUUACCCCUGGAAACUUGUUGGAGAGAUCUCAAUACAAUGAAAAUACUAGCAACGAUAAUUUAGUUAACAAUGAAAAUCAAGACCUUGGUGACGAUAAAACUAGACCUUCUGAUCAUCCCAAUAAUUCCUUAUCAUUUGCAAUGAAAGCUGAUUUCUAUAGUGAAGGUAAGGAAAUAAACGAGAUGAUCAACAACGAGACUAAACACUGUGAUCAUUGCGGUUCCUCAUCAUGUGGGCUGGACGCUGAAUGCUAUAAGGAAGUUAAUAAAGCAAAUGAAACAGUCGUAGAGGAGAAAAUGGAUGAUGACCAAACAUAUACUCCCAACUCGAAAAUACGGAAAAUUGACGAAGGUGAUACGGCUAGCGGUUCAAAAAAAAGUUGGACCGUACUUAAUUCAAGCGACGCAGAUGCUAUCGAUCAGUUGCUGGAAGACAUCGCAGCCGAAUUUGUUGACGAAUUAAGUUAAGCGAAGAACAAUCAUAUUUUUAAUUACAUAAAAAUCAUUAUAUAAUUGGUUUUUUCUUAAAUU